UUAUUUUUGGGUUCUUUGUUUUCAGUUAGAAUUAAAUUUAGAAGUCGGCAAGAAAGCAGUAUGUUUGCUGUGCAGUGAAAGUGUUGCCGUGAUGAGAGAGUACGUUAGCCGCCAUUAUGCGACGAAACAUGCAGGCUAUGGCAGGCUAUGGCAGGCUAUGGCAGGACUUUAUCAGCAGCGGAACGGCAAACAAGAGCAACAGAACUGGACAGAAAACUUGUAAAGCAGCAGAAUGUAUUCGUAAAAACCAAAGUAGCCCAGAAAGCUGCUACUCGUGCCAGUUUGUGGUCGCAUACAACAUAGCCAAGCACAGCAAAUCGUUCAGUGAUGGUGAAUUUGUCAACAAGUGCAUACUCCAUGUAGCUGAUCAAGUCUGUCCACAACAGAGAAAGAAAUUUGAAGAAGUCAGUUUGUCGAGAAGAACUGGGGUUAGCCACAUUGAAGCAAUUGGUGAAGACCUGACAUCACAACUGAAAAGGCGGUUACCUUCAUUUCAGCUGUUUUCCUUGGCAUUGGAUGAAAGCACUGACAUCGAUGACACUGCACAGUUGCUCAUCUUUGUACGAGGCAUUUCAGAAAACUUUGAAAUCACAGAAGAAUUGUUGUCAAUGGAAUCAAUGAAAGACACUACUACCGGAGAAGAUAUUUUUAGAUGUGUGGAAAAUGCCAUGCAUACAAUGCAAUUACCAUGGCAGAAAAUGGUCAGUAGUACUUCCUUGCAUAUGUAGAUAAAUACGCGAUUAAGGUAUUGAUCCAGUAAUCUGGCCCGCCAAAGACUUCAUUUCCCCAUAUCCGGCCCGCCGACCGGAGAAGUUGCCCACCCCUGGCCUAUAUCAAAAUUGGAAGAGGUCCACAACACAAACUGGGGUGAAAGUCACAUGCAGGCAUAAUUCUCCAAAAUCAUCCACAACAGAUGGCUUGAGCUAAAAAUGGUGCUUUAUAUAUCUCUAAUUGUUUAGUCUCAUGCAUAGUUCUCAACCAUCUCUUGCCUUCACCCUCCAACCCUAUAUAAACAACAUUCACUUUUUUAUACUUUAAGUAUUCAGUUGCUCAGUUAUUUUGAAUUGCAUAAUUAACAGCUAUAGUAAGAGAUGAAA